AUGAAAGUACCGGUGGAAGAUGUUGGUAUGGCCAUCGCAACAAUGGUCAAGAUGGGCAAGGAAAAAGCUGAUCGAGAAAAAGCAGCCGCUCAAACGAAAACAAAGCAAAAACUCGAUGCAGCUGGCAGACCGAUCAUCGGUGCCGCCGAAAGCGCCAAGAAUGCUGGUGGGAGAGCGUUUGGUAAGAUCAAGGAGGGUGCGGAGAAUGUUGGUUCAGCAGUAUCAGGCGCUGCACAUGAUGUAAAAGAUGCUGCCGGAAGAGCAGUUGACAAAACCAAACAAGGAGCGGCGGCAGCCGGCGAAGCGGUUGCAGAAGCUGCGCAAGGAGUAAAAGAUGCCGCCGGCCGAGCAGUAGGCACAGCUGAAGGAGGUGUAGUGAAAGGAUUCCAGGAUGUGAAAGAUACUGCAGGUAAUUUUUCACUUUCCUGGAGCUGUAAAAUCAAGAACAGUAAUCAGCCGAUAAAUUUUCUUGCAAAAAACAGCUCAGAGAAGGAGCAUAUUAGGCUUGCAGGUAUUCACGCAAAUGGCAGUAAACCAAGGCUUUAUAAAGUUUGGGCGACACUCAGCAAUAAAUUUGAAGGUGCGCAUUGA